AUGAGGAAACACACGGGACACAAGAUCUUGUUGGAUCAAGACUAUUUCGAUCCUCUAAGCGUCCAAGUCGACGUAGGGCUACCUCCUCCGCCGUCUCCCAGCCAUAAAAUUGAAAAGUUCAAGCUCAAAACCAGAUCAUUCUCUCACACUCCUCACUCGCCACGCUUGGAGCAAGCUAUGACUUUACCAGGUUUCCAUCGUGCCUCUUCAGAAUUUGCACAGAAACACUCCUUCUCCAACAGACACGCGGUGACCGAGAAGAAAGAGAGGAGCAGCCCGAAAAGGGCAGUUUCCUCGCCCCUUCACUUGGAAAAUAACGGCUCAGACACUUCACUGGUCACAAGUUUCAUCAAUAGCUACAAGGACAUGGGCGAAUCUGACCACUAUCCUGCCAACUCUGACUCAGAGCACUCUUUAUUCUCGCUUCGAACUCAUUCAUCCAAAGAAUCGCUACCCAAAGCUGACUCUCCCGAUACCUAUUACAAACCGCUGCCUUCUAUUCCAAUCGAGACUUUUAACCAGGCUGAUGUGAGGGACUACAGUCUUAGUUCUCCACGCCCCCAAAGUCACCCUCAGUGUCCUCCAAAACCAAAACCGCAACCUAACAAACACCACAUGUCGCCUCCUGACACAACCAUCUUCACCAGAAAACCAACAUACCUUAGAAAACAGCAGCGUUCAGCCUCAGAUCAGGCCGUAUGUGACUCUGGGAUCGAGCCGUUUAUACUCGGUGGGUAUGAGCCAACCAAAACGUUAAAGAUCGUAAAUUGA